CGGCCGUGCGUCGCCGCCGCAGCCCGGUGCCGUCCGCGCCGCGGCCCGGAGGGGACCUGAAGGAAAGGCAUCAUGGGAGCAUUUUUAGACAAGCCAAAGAUGGAGAAGCAUAAUGCCCAAGGGCAGGGGAAUGGGCUUCGUUAUGGUCUGAGUAGUAUGCAAGGCUGGCGAGUCGAAAUGGAGGACGCGCAUACAGCUGUGAUUGGUUUGCCAAAUGGACUUGAUGGAUGGUCGUUUUUUGCUGUAUACGAUGGGCACGCUGGAUCACAGGUUGCCAAGUACUGCUGUGAGCAUUUAUUAGAUCACAUCACAAGCAACCAGGAUUUUAAAGGGCCAGAUGGGCCACCAUCUGUGGAAAGUGUAAAGAGUGGCAUCAGAACAGGUUUUCUGCAAAUUGAUGAACAUAUGAGAGUCAUCUCUGAGAAGAAACAUGGUGCAGACAGAAGUGGGUCAACAGCUGUGGGUGUCAUGAUUUCUCCCCAGCAUACAUACUUCAUCAACUGUGGAGACUCAAGAGGUUUACUUUGUAGAAACAGGAAGGUUCACUUCUUCACACAGGAUCACAAACCAAGCAACCCACUGGAGAAAGAGCGUAUACAGAAUGCAGGCGGCUCUGUAAUGAUUCAGCGUGUGAAUGGCUCUCUUGCUGUUUCAAGGGCACUUGGGGACUUUGAUUACAAAUGUGUCCAUGGGAAAGGUCCCACAGAACAGCUAGUCUCACCAGAGCCUGAAGUUUAUGAAAUUGAGAGAUCAGAAGAAGAUGAUCAGUUCAUCAUACUGGCUUGCGAUGGUAUCUGGGAUGUUAUGGGAAAUGAAGAGCUGUGUGACUUUGUAAGAUCCAGACUUGAAGUCACUGAUGACCUUGAGAAAGUUUGCAAUGAGAUAGUUGACACCUGCUUGUACAAGGGAAGUCGAGACAACAUGAGUGUGAUACUGAUCUGCUUUCCGAAUGCCCCAAAGGUAUCACCGGAGGCGGUGAAAAGAGAGGCAGAGUUGGACAAGUACCUGGAAAGCAGAGUAGAAGAGAUCAUAAAGAAGCAGGGUGAAGGAGUGCCAGACUUAGUCCACGUGAUGCGUACGUUAGCAACUGAGAGCAUCCCAAACCUCCCGCCAGGGGGUGAAUUGGCAAGCAAACGGAGUGUAAUAGAAGCUGUUUAUAACAGACUGAACCCCUACAGGAACGAUGACACUGAUUCUGCCUCAACUGAUGAUAUGUGGUAAAACUGCUCAUCUAGCUGUGGAGUUCACGUUUCAUUCUUCAAAUGAAAGUGCAGCCCAACCUCAGUGACCCUUCUUAACAUCCACCCUCAAUAUUAAUUAAAGAAGGGAGUACGAUGUGUUGGUGAGAGUGACUGCAGCAGAAAACUACAGCAGUACGACAUCUAGCCCAGGAACUGAUCUUUUUUUGUAAAACAGACUUCUGUAAACGUGAUUUCAAACCAUAAUCCAUGUUGUAAAUCAGACUCCAUCAAUUUAUGUUGUAUGAUUUUGUUUGUUUUUUUUUUUGUAAAGUGCAAUUGUCUUUGUACAAAAUGCUCAUAUUUAAUUAUGAACUGCUUUAAAUCACUACAAAGGUUAGAAGAAAUGUUUGACUUGUGUGAUGCAACAAUAUAUAUCCCUUUACAUUCAUGUUGUGGUUUUGGAUUGCGAGGAGCAGCAGCCUAGCCAGCUAGGUGCUCGAGAGGUGCACAAAACUGUAAAGGUAACAUUUUUGUCUUCUAUGAAAGCUGAUCUUGAGGGUGACUUCCCCAAAAUCACAGUAACGAAUUUGCUUGGCAGUGGAAAAACAAUGAGAGUAGUGCACAUUCUUCAACAGGCGGAUCUUGUUUUCUCAGAGGUACUCCUGCUCUCACACUGAGUUGAAGGGAGUUCUCAUUUCGACUUUGGUGGGAGUUAAAUCAUGCCCUAUUAAUAGCAUCAUGUGUUCAUAAGCAUAUGAACCUCGAGAUUAGAAUGCCUCGAUUCUCUGCACCUCUUUUCAUUAACCCUUACCUGAAAGUUACUAAUCACUGAGCACAAACAGGCAGCUUUCUACAUACCGUAGGAGUCUGCAGCAUUUUUACAAUCUUAAUUGGCUGGAUCUGCUGCUGUUCCAAGUGAAAUACUUUGAAUUCCAUUUUAUCAAUAAAGCUUGGUUUAACAAACAAGAAAUUUAUCCAUAGAUGUGUAAUUCCUUUUUUCCUGCCUUUUAAAAUGUCAGUGCCAUUGUAAAUGAUCUUUUACACGUGGAAGAAUAUUUUUAUUAAUUGGUAGCCCAUUUUUAAAAUGGGAAGAGUUUUGAUUAUUGCCCGAGACAUAGCCAUAUGCUAGAGGACGAAGUGGGAUAAAUCUGUGACCCUGUUUUUUACGAGUAUGGAUUUGUUUCAGGCUGCUUCUGUUGUCCCCACUGAAGAUGUGCAUUGGUUUGAAUUUGCCUACUGUUUGAUAAAAAUACAUUUGUCAGAGCCUGACAAUCUUUUACAUUUUAUGGUGUGUGUUUUUAAUUGACCCACUUACAACGAGAGACUAGUGGUUAAACAGUACUUGUGAUUAGAGAUGUAGCAUGUUGAUAAUAUCUAACUGUUUGUUGUUUAAAAUUCUAAUUUAAAUUUUAUAAGAGAAUAAACUGAGUUGAUUUAAGGUUAGCUUUCUCCCACUGAACAUGCAAAAUUAAGUUUUAAAGUCAGUCGUGUUUGCAAAACUGCUGUUUUGUGCACCUUGUAUUGUCUUUUUGUUUGAGAAUAUUGUAUUUAAUAUGUAGUUUACUCAUUUAGUAGGCAGAUUCCCCAAAAGGAAAAUCAGUAAAACAAGUAGAUUGUAACAUUUGCUACGGAUAAACAGAAUCAAAACUUGGUGUAUAAUUAUUUUGAUAGGAAAACGUAGUACCAUGCAUUUUGCUAUGUGUCUUUCCCUAACUUUGAAAUAUACAUAUUUGUAUAUAUAGCCUUAAAACUAAUGCAGAGUUAGGGAACACUGAACAGUGAAAAAGUAACUUAUAGUGUCUUGGAACUAAGUAUAGUAUAUACCAGCAAACUUUUCUUUUUAUCCCUCUUGUCUGUGUGGGGUGCUUAAAACGUAACUUCAUUGUAUUCAGUUUGUAAUCUGUUGGAGCAUGAAUGAAGAAAAAAAUAAGCACUAUUUGUAUUUAUAAAUUUCUAGCAAUUUUUGCUUAAAGAACCAGUUCCUUACCUACCUAUGAAUAAAUGCUUAAAAUGUCUGAUUUUGUUGUAGAGUGCAAAACUGUAAUAACGUUAAGUCAGAGCUUCGCAGGCACCUAAUGAACAGGCGUAUUUAAUAACACGUGGCGUGUUAGUGCGAGAAGCUGAAUGCAAUUUAGGACUAGGCAGAUAAGGUUCUGUCCUUUUUCAUGUAGACUGAAGUUUAGUUUUGGAAAAACCUUGAACUGGACUGUGGAAACCUUUUCAGUUUCAAACGUCUAGAAAUCGGAAGCAAAACUGUGGUGCGUAAAGCCAUACUUCAUCAUCGCUUAAACUGUCCCAGUGACAGAUCUGUGUCGUUGAAGCCUCUUCCUAUGAGGCCUCCUGAAGGUUAGGAAGGACCUCUGCUGUUGUGACAGGAGCUGUCACUGGCUUUGAGGGCAGUGGCAGAAAGCCUCUUUCAGGCCUUUCUCCCUCCCAGCUGCGUUCUUUUUGAUGAGGUCAGAGCACUGAAUCUGUUAUGUGUGCAUAAACACUGCCGAUUUAGAUACAGGUUUUGAUUACAAGAUACACUACUUACGUAAAGCAUCCUAGAAAAGAGGCAAGCUGCACUUUUCACUGCUCUGAAAAGAAAAAGGCACUUUUGCACGUUUGUGCACUUCCUUCUUGCACCAGAAACUUUUCUUUAAUGCUAAAAACAUUAGCACCUCAGGGGUAAGGCAGCAAUUUUUCUUGAAGUAUUGUGUGCUAUUUAUUUCCCUCAUGGAAAAAGUUUCCUGUGUGACAAAAAUGAAAAUUGUGUGAUGUUAAAAGAUGUAUUUUUAAAUACAUGUUCAAAUAGGGUGGUCCCAAUUUGCUUGUUUUUUUUUUUUUUUUUUUUUUAAAAAAAGGAAAUGAUAUUUGUAAAGCUUCUUCUCUUCAUAUGCCAUGCAACUUUGUUUUCCUUCUACAUUUAACAGCUUGACUGGCUUCAGUUUUCUGUGAGUUUUGUUACAGUCAGAUUAAAUGUUUCACUGGUCGUUCUGGGAAAAUACCUGUACUGCUUUACUGACAGCUGUUUCAAAUAAUUCUCACUAAUUCAGCAUUGAAAUAUGUUCAAGACAGAAGCUGCUUCUAAAAUGUGUUUUAAAACCAGUGUUGUAUAAACUCAGUGUGAUUACAUUAAGCAGGGCCCCAGACUUGCAAGGCUUUGUAAAUCUGUUGUCAGUUACAUCCUGGUACCCACAGUGGGCACAGAUCAGCAGGUCCUGAGCAAGCAGUAGCCUUUCAGCUGGCCUGCACUUAUGUAGUCCGUAAGCUCUGCAGAGCCCCUGGUGUGUGCCCAUCACUCAGUGUAAUUUCCAGCAGAAGUCAGAAUUGGAGAUCAAAAUUUCACCUCCUUGUUAUUAACCUAUGCUGAAUUGUGGUAAUUCUAGGUUGUUUCAUGCUAGCAAGAUGCCCACAGAAUAUUAAACAGCAGAUGAGGAAUUGCAGCACUGACCUUGGUGGCUCAUGCAGGUGCCAAAGUUGUUCAUCUUAACACAUGCAUGGGACACUGACUUGAAUGACAAUGAGAUUGUUUACUAGGAAACUGAUACCGUCUCAACUGUAUGGGUUAAAAUCUGAGCCAUUUUCCUUAGUUCAAGAAUUGGAAACUUCAGGGUGAUUUAGUAAAACUGGGGAGCAGUUUGCACUGCAGUUGAUACUCUGAUAAGAAUCUUAUUUUGACUUGUUACACUGGGAUAAUGCAGGAUUCCUAUUGCAUUUUGGUUUUUUAAUAAUUUAUAAACUAAGGAUAUGGUUUCAUGGUCAACUCUGUGUCAGCAGUAGUGCUUCUGUGGCUGUGCAGUUAUGAGAGGGAGAGAAAACCUGUGCUCUUCAGCUUGGAUAAAUGGAUACUGCAAGUACCUGGUGCUAGCACCAGGAAGGCAGGGCUGUGAGCAGAGGAAUGGAUCAGCAUUCCUUUUGUCAUAGCUGGGGAAAUCAGAGCCUCAGUGCAGAUAAAUGAUGGACCUACAUAGGAAAUAUCAAAGCCUUUACAGAUCUUUCUCCACACUAUGCUUAAGACAAAUAUUUUACCUUGGUCAGCAUUCUUUUUCUUGAAACUGGAGUCACGGAACUUUGAGUUUAAUGUCUUGUAUGGGAGCUCCAUGGUGACAGAUGGACUUUUUGUUAACUAUCUGUAUUUGUAUGCAGCUCUGUCCCGAGAGAGAGGUAGCAUGGCUGUCAUAAUUAGGUUAAUGAAAAGGCUCUUAGAGUUUACCUUAUUUCAGCGUACAGCAGGAUUUCGUCAUGUUAAGAUGUUCACUUGAAUUUCUACACGUGCAUUCUUGAACUGCUGUAUAGCCAAAUGACUUGAUACGUUUAAAUUUCUUGAUUAUUUAACUUGGCCAUUUCAGCAACUGGUGAACAUUUAGUCAAACAUAACCCUUUUUCUUCAUCAUUGGGCAAAUACAAGAUUUUAAUAGAAACCUGAUGUACCUGGCUUAGAUUAAGAAACAGCAGAUCUGGAUAGAGCAGGGGAACUGUACUUUACAGCUGUGUUUCCUUAGGAAUUGGAAUUGUUACUCCGUGCCAAGCUUCUGGAGGUGAAAAAUGUCUGCAGGAUAACUGGUAUCCCUCCUUGUUCCUGCAGCUGUGUCCAUUUCAGAUGAUCACGACCUAAGCCUUCAUAUGACAUUACAAGGUGCAAAGUCUCUACUUGACUGGAUAGAUUUUUAACUCUUUGAGUGGUAAGAAGGGGCUCCACGUGUGAAUUUCUAGGAUGUUGUAGCGCAUAAAAUGAAUGCAAUUCCUAGAGUGAGUCGUUAAAAUAGAUAAAACAGUGAAAUCUGCAGGUAGCAAUCUGGGCUAAGUAUUUUGGAUAGAGCAGUGUUGAUGGGAGGAUGCAACCUUCUGAUGAGCUCUUCCUGAGUUGCUCUGGAGCACUUGCAGAGUCUGCAGCUCAGACAUUGCCUCUGGAAGCUUCUGUACCCUUAUUUGCUUCAUACUGGUAUUGCUUUGUGAAUGAGGAAGCAGGUACCUGGGCCGUGGCAUUUGGUUGCAGAAGAGGCUGCAGGAGGACUUCAAGCUUUUGCUUACAGUCAUAGACAGCUAAAUGCUUCCAAGCACAAAAAGAACAUACAGCAUGCUGAAAAUUAAGUUUACAUCAUCUCCUGCUGAAAAUGAAUUUCCGGGAGAAUCUUCCAGAAUUUGUUUAGUACAUGAUAAAGUCAGGCACUUUAAUCUGAUUAUGUUGUAGUUGCUGACUUACAGUGAGCCAUAUCUUUAUCUCAUUUUCCUUUCAGGUAGCAGUAAAACAGUUUUUUUCUUGUCCUUUAGGCACUUGUUACAGUAGAAAUUUUUAGUUGCCAGCUGGGAGUCCAGGAGUGGUUGUGGUGUCUUAAGAAAAGGGCUUCUGAGGAGGUGUGCAUCACUUACAACCAAAAUCUCAGUCUUUGUGACCACAGAAUUUGGAAAAGUGGGUUUAACUUAAUGCCUUCUGUAGGAUUAAUGACAUUGCUCCAUUCUGAAGAUUUCAAAACUUCAGUGAGCUGGGAUGAUAGGUCAGGCUUCAGGAUUAUGUAUGUUUUUAUGCCUAACCAAAUUUUUAUAUUUAACUCGUAUCGAUUCCUGUCUGAAUACUUUUUAAAGUAUCUUUUAUGUUGAAAUAAAAAACAAAAAAAAAGAGAGGGAGAAAACUUAGUAAGAGGAGAAAGCUCCUUACUACUGCAUAAGCAGUAAUUUGUUUGCAAAGAUGAGUGCUGUGUCAGACAGCAGUGUUUUGCUCUGAGAGCACUGUGUGCGCACUUCUCAGCUCACUCAAUAGCACCGAGCCAAAACUGAAAUUCAUGUGUGCUUCCAUUGACUGUGUGGCUCUGAAGAGCUGCUGGAACCACGUGUUCUUGAUGGCUGAAGUAGGCAGGGCUCUUGACAUAUAUUGUCAACGCAAUGCAACCCUCCCCAACACACAGGAGAUGCCAUUGUGAUUUUUCUUGAGAAGUAUCUUUGUGAAUUAAAAUGAGAAAACAGGCUUGCGGGUCAGAAAGCGUUACGUACUUUUACUUCUCUUGAUACCUGUAGACUGAGGUCUUCAGAGUUUAAUUCCAUUGGUAUCGCUGAAUUCAGCUCAGUUUGAGCAAUGGAAAUAGCAGUUGCCAAUUUCGUUUUCACUGCUGGGUUUUCAGGCUGCAGCACAAUAUUUUAGUUCACACCACAAGGGAAAAUUGAACUUAAGUGAUCUUAGGAAAAUAGAAGUGCGUUCUUAACAGCAGCCUGCUGAUGUUGGUGGAGAGUCAAUCCCAGUACAUAGAGCUUGCACAAGUAUUGUUGCAGCCUUAACUGUCCCACUUUUGUUGGAGUUGGUUUUGAAAAAGAUUUCAAAGCCGAAGGGGAAGAAGGUGACAGACCUAAAGCAAAGCGGUGGAUUAAUUAUAAUUAAUCAUGUCCUAAUUCUUUGAGUAUGCGAGUCAGCAGUUUUUUUCUUUUAAAACAUCAGAAGGACAAAAUUGAAGAGGUUCCGGUCUUUCAUGUACUGCUUUUGGCUUUAAGGAUAAAAGGAUGGAACCCAAAAUGAAUUACCUGGGAUGGGAAUGAAAAGAGGCCCGAAAUCCCUAGGAAUAAAUGUGCUGAAUAUGCAGAGCAUCUUUUCCAUGUCUGUUAGUGGAACUACUGAAAACAUCGGUGCUGGCAUUUUAGGGAGCUUUUGUUCUUGCUGAGUGUUUGAUGCUGGACUCUCAAGUCUGCUGCGUGUGAAGCUUUCAGCCAUGUAAAUGGGCAGCUGGGCGUUAUGCGAUGGUCCCCAGUCUGCAGGGUGCUGGAGGAGCCGUUCCCAUGCCUUCUGUUGCUUGCUGCCAUAGGAACAGCUUGAUGCUGGAAAUUGGGAUUUCCUACUGUCUGUAAGUUGUAUUUAUUAACCAAAUCUAACUUUUUGGUGCCAGGAAUCUAGUUGGUAGAGGGAGUGCUGAGUUUUGCAAGUGUUGGUAGCUAAUCGUGCCAGGCAGUUCAGUGCUCAGAUAACUGAACCACUGCUGACAAGGGGUUAACAGGAGGCACAAGCCUAGGUUCUGCUGGCCAGGAAAUAUGGAUAAUUGAGAAGUGUGAGUCAAUAGCAUUUCCAGAACCGGCUGCUUCAUUAACGUUUCAAAGCAAAGAUUUUGGUUUGUAGCAUCUGUCUUGUUACCAGGACUAUGUACAGACAUGCUGAAUUAGAGAGUUCUCACCUGUCUCCUCACAGCGUUAACUCCUCCUCGUACCAUGAAAGUCUCGUUUGUAGUGACAUGCUGUGCCUGUCUUUUUAGAAAAUUCAUGACCUCUUUAUAUCUAUUUUGUGGAAAGUGUAACUUUUUCAUUGAUGACUUGUAUAAAUGUGUGUUACAAAUGGAGAGAUUUAAGCUUGAAAAGCAUGUUUGCAGAAUACACAGCUUCGUUAUGGAAUUUAUAAAUUUAACAGAGUAAUAUACCAGAGCAUAACUAUUUUCCUUAAGUAGAAUGUAUAACAAUAUAUAAUAAAUUAUUCUCCACAUAGUUCACCGAUAUUUACAGUUUUACACAAUUCAAACUGUGUGUUUACAGAAAGUUCAAUAAAUGUAUAUUUUGUACUAUGUACAGAUUCCUGGUCCCAAAGAAAAUGUGUGAACUUAGUUUCUAACUUAACUUUUGAGAUUGUACCUUUUUUUUUUUGUUUGUUUGGAAUCAGUUGAACAAACUGCAUUACGCCUGUUGACGGUGGAGGCUUGCUUUGGAGUAAAUGGGAGUUGGAAAUAUUUCUAAUCUACAAAAGUGAUUCCACUAAAUAAAACAGGCAAUGACAUUG